GUUCUAGUUCGUGUUUGCCCAUGUGUUGUGGUGUUACUCUAUCGUAAUGGAGUUGCCAUGUGCUGAUGGGGUGUGGAGUAACGUAACCUACUGUACCAUCCAUGCAUGGAAAACCAAAUUACUCCAACGCCGACACCCCUCUCGUUCUCGAUCUCCAAUUCCUCUUCUUCUUCUUCAUAACACCAACGUCGCUCUUUCUCUGUUUACUCGGAUUGGCGUCGAUACUGCAUAUACUAUAACAGCCACUAUUGAUCUGAUUGACUCUGGUCGCCGAUGUCACUAAGCGAGAAGCAGCAGGAUACGAAGGGGGAAGCCGUCUUUGAGACUGAGGGCUCCUCCCCGCCCCUUGAGCAGCCAAAUGCCUCUCUUGAACAGCCAAAUGCCGGGCUCAUCAAUGCCUCUGGCCAUGUCCAGGAGCUCCAGCGACACUUUUCGCUGCUGAGUCUCUGCUCUGUCGCUAUCACGACGGGAAAUACUUGGGUAGCAAUUGGCGGUGGUAUUGUCAUUGCGAUUUAUAAUGGAGGGCCUCCGGGCGUUAUUUACGAAUUAAUUACCGUGUCUGUCUUUUACUGGCUUAUUGCGCUAUCAAUUGCAGAGCUGGCUUCUGCUAUGCCAUCUUCCAGUGGAGUUUAUCACUGGGCAUCCAUCACUGCUGGAAAGUAUGGACGUCCUUGUGGCUACUUCGCCGGGUGGUGGAACUUCCUAGCAUGGGUCUUUGGAGCCGCCUCUAUCUCCUCCAUCUUGGCUAACCAGACGGUUUCUAUGUACGCUCUCUUUCACCCAGAGUUCGUCGCAAAGUCAUGGCACGUCUUCAUCAGCUACCUCAUCUGCACAUGGCUGUGCUGUCUCACUGUCAUGUUUGGGAACAAGGCUCUGCCAAUGGUGGGCAACCUGGGAGGCUUCCUCAUCAUCGCCGGCGUCCUCAUUUGUAUCAUCGUGUGCGUCGUGAUGCCAAAGGUUAACGGACUGCCUUACGCAUCUGAUGACUUUGUGUGGAGGGAGUGGCAAAACCUUACUGGCUACAAGGAGAAUGGAUUCGUCUUCGUGGCUGGUAUGCUCAACGGUGCUUUCGCCGUUGGUUCGCCAGAUUGCGUUACCCAUCUCGCCGAGGAGAUUCCCAACCCGAGUCGCAAUAUCCCCAAGGCUAUGUUCGCCCAAUACUCCAUCGGGUUCAUCACGGCGUUGUUCUACAUCAUUGCCCUCUUCUACUCCAUCCAGGACCUCGACGCAAUCUUUGAGGCAACCUCGACCUUCCCGCUGGCCUACAUCUACCGUCAAGCCACAGGAAGCAACCCCGGAGCUGUUGGUCUUCUUGUCGUGACCUUCCUGCCCACCUUCAUCACCUGUAUCGGUUGCUACAUCACUGCCGGACGAACUUUCUGGACGCUCUCCCGCGACAACGCAACCCCUUACAGCAAGGUUUUCGCAAAGGUACACCCCACCUUCCAGAACCCUUUCAACGCAACUCUCAUGUGCGGUGUCAUCAACACCAUUAUGGGCUGCAUCUACGUCGGAUCUGAGGCCGCCUUCAACGCCUUCGUCGGGGCAUACAUCAUUCUAUCAACCCUCUCAUUCCUUUGUGCUAUCUUGCCGCAUCUACUCAGUGGCCGCAGCAUCGUUAAACCCGGCUGGUUCUGGAUGAAGGGGCCCAUUGGGUUUGUUGUCAACGGCAUCGCUUGCCUGUACAUUAUCGCAUUCAUUGUCAUCUUCUGCAUCCCCUAUGGCGCGCCAUUCAGCAUCGAUGUCAUGAACUGGUCGUCGCUUAUCACGGGCGGAUUGUCGGUGUUUAUCGCCGGCUUCUGGUUCUGGCGUCAAAGCGAGUACAUCGGCCCGCAGGCUGUGGCGUUGGAUGACAAGGUGCUUGCGAAGGAUGCAGCAUAAGGGGGAGGGAGGAUACGAGGUGUUUUGGUAUUGGUGUAUGAGCGAUAGCGAAUUGGGUGCAAGACUAGAUAGACUAAAUUAGACUGUAUAUAUGCAUAGCGCAUGAACUUAUUUGUAAAAGUUACACCACGUAGGGUGGUAUUUAGCCAUUUAAUACAAUAAUAUGCAGCGGGCUACGUGUAAGAUAGAC